CUGGAGAGACAGAUAGUCAGAGUCAUUUUUUAAACGGAUCUAACUUAUUUGCACCUCCAAUAUAAAAAAACCUAAGCGAAUUGGAUAUACACGUUCUCGAUCUUGAAGUGUCGGAUUACCAUCAACAGGUUCUACGUAAAAUAAUCCUUUUUCACUUAAUAGGAUCGAUAUCUCGACUGCCCAACAAUAACAUCCAGUUUUCACAUUUCCUCCAAGCACAACGUUCGAAUAAUGGGCAUUUUGAGCAGCAAGUUGAUGUGCAACGCGAGGUUGGAUGGUAAAACGGCUGUCGUAACAGGGUGUAACGCAGGAAUCGGUAAAGAAACGGUCAGAGAUUUCUAUCGGAGAGGUGCAAAAGUCAUCAUGGCCUGCAGAAACGUCGAGGCAGCUAACGAAGCAGCUGAAGACAUCAAAACAGCUUCAAAAAGUGUUCCUUGUAACGGUCUAUUGCGAGUCGUUCAUCUGGACCUAUCCAACCUGAAGUCUGUGAAGGAAUGCGUCGAGAAUUUGCUGAAAAACGAGGAAAGAAUCGACGUGUUGGUGAACAACGCCGGUGUCAUGAUGUGUCCCCCAACCAGAACACCUGACGGGUUCGAGAUGCAGUUCGGAACGAACCAUCUGGGCCAUUUCCUGUUCACCCUGCUCCUCCUACCCAGAAUCAUCCGAAGCAGACCUUCGAGAAUCGUGAUCGUGUCUUCUUGUCUCCAUUCUGGUGGUUCCAUCGUCUUCGGAGAUCUCAAUUGGGUCUCCCGGCCAUACGACGGCCUGGCGGCCUACAAGCAGAGCAAGCUGGCCAACAUUCUGUUCGCCAAGGAACUGGCCAGGCGACUCGGCGAGAAAAACGUGAAUAACGUGAAUACCUACAGUCUUCAUCCCGGUGUUGUGGCCACUGAUCUCAGCCGCCAUUUGGACACAUACCAGGCGGGUUUGAGGAAUGUCUACGAUUUUCUCGCCAGGUUUUUUGCGAAGAACGUGGAACAAGGUGCAAGGACAACUGUUUACUGUGCGGUACAUGAAAAUUGCGCCAGUGAGACAGGUCUGUAUUACGGAGAUUGCAGGGUGAAGAAACCCUCUCGUGGUGCCGAGGAUUUGGAUGUUGCGAGGAAGCUGUGGGAGGUUAGCUGGGAAAUUGUGGGGCUUGGGAGGGAUUAUGAUCCCUUCGAAGUUGUUCAGUGAUUUUUCUCACGAUUUGAAAGCGUUAUAUAGGUACUUACGAGUCAAUAAAGUUGUGGAA